UGGAGGCGAGCGCCGACACCCGCCCCUGCCACUACCAGGCGUCACCUGAAGAGACUGGCACCAACACCAGCCAGGACGAGGGCUCAGUAACGGAACUGAGCCAAGAGGAUAAGAAACACCUUAAGGAGGAAUCUGGCACUACCACCUGCCGGCCCAAGAUCUCCCAGAGAAAGCGAGUGGAACCUCCGACCAACGAGGGGAAUAACACCAUCUCACUCGCUGAGAAAUACCCAGAGCCCGGGAGAUAUUUCAAAUUGGGGGAACAAAUCGGAGAGGACCCCAAUGGAGUGAUUUACAAUGGUUGGCACAGAAGCAGACGAAUGGAGGUGGCCAUUGUAAUCAUAGAAGAUCAAGAGAAGCAAAAAGGAAUCCAAUCAGAAGUUCAAGUCCUUGAAAUGGUGUCAGGCCAUAAAAACAUUGUGGAUUUCUAUGGGGCCUAUUACCAUCAGGCCCCACGGACACCAUCACUCCCGGAAGGACUAUGGAUUGCUACUGAGUUCAUCACUGGUGCCACUCUGCAAGAUCUCAUUGGCACCAGAAAGACCUUAGGAGAAAGGUGGAUCUCCUACAUCUGCAAACAAAUAACCACGGGCCUUUUCCACCUGCAAAAGAAGAACAUCAUCCACCAUGACAUCAAGCCCGAAAACAUCCUGAUCACCUCCUAUGGAGAGGUGAAGAUCGGCGAAUUUGGAUUUGCCACGUUUGGAGAAAAGAGCAGCAGUACUUCUGGGACUAUAACAUACUCGGCCCCAGAAGUACUGGCUAAUUUUACCAACAAGCACGAGUAUGACCAUAAGGCUGACAUCUGGUCACUCGGCAUUGCAGCCAUCGAAAUGGCGGAGGGACUCUCAUUCAGCAAACUUCCACGACAGAAGCUGAUUGAGAAGAUCACAACGUGGUCCCGCGCCAACAUUAACACCAUGGGGAAAAUGGAGCGGACGAGUUCGGUUCUUCAUUUCCGAGUGCCUGCAGAGAGAACCAUCGAAAGACCGUCUGCAAGGCAACUUCUGUCCCACCCCUUCAUUGGAGAGAUCAGGGAGCCCCCCCCCCCUGCUAUUUGGCAUCACCUGAAAAAGCCAGAAGCUCCAAGAUGA